AUGGCCAGCAUCCCAUAUACCAGCAUCCGCGAAGUUCUUAGAGCGCCUUCAAUGAACACUCACAGAGGAUCCAGUCCUGAUCUUCACCAUGUAGCACAUAUGGCUGACCAUAUCCUGGCUAAAACCAUGCUACCGGACAGCUCCGAGCCAUCCAAAUCGGACGAGCGACAUCAUGACUCCGAUGUCCCAUUGUAUGCACCUCCAUCUCUUCCCUCCGUAACCCGCCACAUGCCUUGUUAUGCAAUGCGCUCGGCCAAAAGAUUCCGGCCUGCAACGUCAUGUCAUGAUACUCCCAGUGCACUAGAGCUCCGAUUUGUUGAAAGACAUUUAGGGAAGUACUCUGGCGAGACUGAUAUGAGUAUGAUAGAUGUCCAGAAGGGUUUCGAUGUCUUCAAUCGUGGCAUUGAUGCUUUGCCUGACAGCGCCGUCCCUUGGGAGCUCGAGACAACCGAACGACAUGCUAUUCUUCUCCAAGCGCUUCUGUUGAACGACGCCAAGAAGUAUGCUGAUAGCGUAGCGGAAGCUUCCUUCUUUGAGAAGCUUUUGGUCAAACGUAGUAGGAAUCAACUCGAAGAUGACGCGGACUUUGGCAUUGCUGCGUAUACUCAUGAUUUCAUGGAAUACACUGUUGCAGAUAGCCAACUUGAACAACUGGAGGGUGUUGCCGAUAAGCGCAACUUGUCACUACCCUUCGAUGAUCCAGCUCCUGAAGAUCGCUUGAAGACAUGCUUGGACACCAUUCUUACAGAUAGUACGGAUGGUCCUAUGUCCCAGUUGGCUGUCUGA